AUGCCGACCUCUUCCAGACCAUCUCCACAAACCAGCUUCGACGACGACCCUCCCGGGAUCCGGCGUAGCAAGCGCCUGGGUCACGUCGAAAUCGAAGAUAUACGGGACUUUGAAGCCUUGAGAACAAGGAAACGACGACGGACGCGUGAGGACCCCGACGAAGGAGAUAUCCGAGGUAGCGACGAAGUCGAUCAAAACGAAGACGACGAUGCCGCCACUUCCACACCUACUGCUGUACCGACGGCGCCCAGAGCUACGGAUAGACGCGAUCGGCGACAAGUACGGACGAAUCUCCGAGUUAACACACUUCGCAAGGCCGUAAACACCACACGGCUUAUGGACAGUCGCAGUUCCGAGGUCGCCAAAGCCCCCCGAGCUCCCGAUCACAUAAGCAGGGACACCACAACGGCGAGUCUUGACAGUAACCUCAGUGAGGCGCGUCCUCCAAGAUUCAUCUCAUUGACCAACAGCGAACAUGCUGCCGAGACCGAGCCCGUCGGAGAUGUUUACGAGUUCAGGGCCAGCUCGCCAAGGAAACCCAAAUCACAGAAAGCUACACCCGCUAGACCCCGAAGCCGCAGGACAUAUACCCCGCAGGAUUUCGAAACCGGCAACGGUCUUUUUGUUCAACAAGAGGCGGACGACGGAGAUGAGAGCGACGAAAAUGGGAAUGAAGGGGAUGGGAACGAAAGGGAUGAGACCGACGGAGAUGAGAAUGACGGAGAUGAGAACGAAGGGGAUGAGAAUGACGGAGAUGAGAAUGACGGAGAUGAGAACGAAGGGGAUGUGAACGGCCAAGAUGAGACCGGCGCAGAUGUGCACUUAUACGACGACCCUACCAUCGUAGGACUACCACCCUCGGCGCAAACAGAAGGCCAGGCCACCGAAGAUGCCGUCCAUGGGGCGGGGCCGCAAUCGAGUGCAGCAACCGAGCAGCUCCAACGCCUUGUUGUCGAUAUGGGCUCGGCCACUCCCGAGCCCUCAGAUGAAGCUGAUGAAGGAUAUCCGGACGAUGACCUCAUAUUCAAUGAGCCUACGAGACAAGACCGAGUGGCCACAGCACCAAUGAGGUCUUAUUCCUUGAAGAGCAUUACGGAGCUAAUGGGUGGAAACGGCUGGACAAGAUCUCGCCAAAAAGUCACGCCCAUGACCAACAAAGACCGGCUCUCAAAACGGACACGUCCUCUAUGGAAGGAUCUUUGCCACCUUGGAGCAUUUUGGGAGGGAAUGCCACGGGCGCCCCUGUUCGACCAGCAAUGCGACUACUUGCAUUCGGGCCACGAAGAUGCGACACGUGCGCGGCAGACCAUCAGGAACGUGGACAGUCUCGUCAGCGUGCUAGCCCAUAAAGCGAAGAAACCCAGCCGUGGAGAGGAAUCACACAUGCCGCCCCCACGGUUUGUGGUCGACCUUUAUGAGAGCAUCGUUCCACUUCUCGUCGACAUACUCGGGAUCGUGUUCCACAAGGGGGCAGAAACCGAGGGGUCGUGGUACACCGGGAGGUUCACCAAAAUAUCGUUGCAGAUAAUGCAGAGAUUGGUCGCCUGGAUCCAUAGGCUGUACGAGGCAAUGCAGGCGAGCCUAGCAAGAAGAAGGCUGAUGGAGCAGUCGCUAUCGAAAAGGACCAGCCGAGAAAAGUUGGGCGAGUAUCUGCGAGGCUUCGAGUCUGAACUUGAACAAAUAUGGGAGAAGACAGAUGAGAUCAUCGAGCGGCAACAGCUUUAUGAGCAGAAGUUGCUGAAGCUGAAGGCCAGAAAGGAACGGGAGCAGCGCGAGUUGGAGGAAGCGAGACGACGGCAACGGGAGGUUUGCGAUAGGCGCUUGCAUGAGCGUCUGAGACGCGAUGCCGUCCAACCGUCACAGAUGGAGGCAUAUCCCUCGCAGUAUCCCUCUCGGUCGGUGCACUCUUCGCAGCUGCAGUCUUCCCAGCGGACAAGUCGCGGGACACAACAAGCAGCGCCGGCCCGGAUCGCGCCAAGGGACCGCGGAGAGACGGCCAUCGUCGGACCCAGCAAACCGUGGCCCGAAGACGACGCUAAGAAGCUCUUGCAAAUACUGACGACGAGGCCGUGGACGGAGAUGGAGUCCCUGGUGUGGGAGUUCGAGCGUAGCGAGGAAGACGUCCAGGCCAUGGUGGAGUUGCUGAAGCGGAGUGCCAGGACGUACGCCGCGUCCAAGGGCAAGACGGUUCCGGCGUUCGCCGCCAACUGA